AUGGGCCGCGAUAAUCCAUUGCUCGCCGAACUCGGAUUGCUUUCGCAUUCGGAGGCGGUGAAGAAUAUUCACAGGCCACGAAACGUCGAGGCUGUGGCGCAAGCGCGAGAGCGAUUGGCGUUUGAAGAAUUGGUUUUAUUACAAGUGGCGCUUCUACAAGAACGCAGUCGUUUACAGGCGCUUCCCGUGUCCGAGUCGACCGAAGGCGUGUGCAUUGUCGGCACUGCUCUCACGGACGAGUUGCGCAGCGAGUUACCGUUUGCGCUUACGCGAUCUCAAGAGUCUUCACUCGAAGAAAUUUUGAGCGAUAUGGCCGGGCCGGCACCGAUGUUGCGCCUACUCCAAGGUGAUGUGGGGUGCGGUAAGACUGUCGUUGCCGCCAUGGCGCUCCUCGCGGCGGUCGGUGCAGGACAUCAAGGCGCGUUCAUGGCGCCGACUGAAGUACUCGCCACGCAGCACCACCGCGUGCUCACGGAUUUGCUUUCACAAAUGCGAGAUCCACCGAAAGUGGCGUUACUCACUGGUUCAACGAAAACUGCUGAACGUGCGCAAAUUCUCGAGGAUUUGAAUGACGGAAAGAUUGGAAUUAUUGUUGGCACGCACGCUUUGAUUCACGAAAAAGUUGUAUUCAGCUCACUCGGCAUCGCCGUCGUCGAUGAACAGCAUCGUUUUGGCGUGGAGCAACGCGCUGGAUUAUUGGCAAAAGGUAAGCUCCCACCGCACAUGCUUACCAUGAGCGCAACGCCGAUUCCGCGCACACUCGCGAUGACAAAGUUUGGCGAGAUGGCUUUGAGCGUCAUCGACGAGAAACCCGCUGGCCGUUUGCCAAUCAUCACAACGGUGUGCGGUGUCGACGAGCACUCGCAAGCCUACGAUUCGAUGUGCGAAGAAGUGAGCCGCGGCGGGCAGGCUUACGUCAUCUUGCGUCUCGUGAACGAAUCCGGAUCGUCUCGCAUGUCUGAAGUGAAGGGCGCGGAGGAGGAAUACGCUCGUCUCGUGAGCAAGUAUCCAAAUGUACGAUUCGGACUCUUGCACGGGCAGUUGGGCGCGGACGAAAAAGCCGCGGCGCUAGAAAAGUUUAGUUCUGGAGAAACUCAAGCCCUGGUCGCUACGUCAGUCGUUGAAGUUGGUGUGGACGUGCCGAAUGCGAGCGUCAUCAUCAUCGAAGACGCAGACGGUUUCGGUCUCGCCGCGCUUCACCAGCUUCGAGGUCGUGUCGGACGCGGCGCACGUCAGUCGAAGUGCUUCUUGUUACACUCUCCUGGCGCAGGGGAGAACGCGGAGUUGAAGGGAGAUCGCGCGCGCGACCGUCUUCGUGUGCUCGAGCAAUCAAACAACGGCUUCCGAAUUGCCGAGAGCGAUUUACAGCUCCGCGGCGCUGGCGAGCUCUUCGGCACGAAACAAAGCGGCCAGCAGGUGAACCUGUUCCACGCAUCGAUGUCAACAGAUCUCUAUUUACUCGAAGCCGCUCGCAAGGCGGCGGCAGAGAUGAUUUCACGCGCCUCCUUGCAACAGGAACCACUCCCGGCGCCGGUGACGGUCGCUUUAGAAACGCGGCCCGCGUUGAUCCUCGACAACGCCAUCAUCUCUGGCGGUGCUCAAGCAGCGGCGACGAAUUGA